CUUGCUGGCUCUCUCUUUCUCCCUGUCUCACUCUCUCUCUUUCUCUCCCUUUCCUAUCGGAGCACAAUGAAAGCCUGUGUAUCGCCGUGACUCCGGGCAGUGGAGCCAGUGUCAGCAAAGCGGCUAACAAGAGACGAGAAAGAGAAAGGAAAAUUCAAGCUACUUUUUUUUCCAUCUAUAAAACGGAGCAAUACAAGAGAUAGAACCACAUUGCUUAUUGCGAGUCCAGACCCUCAGAUCCCCUGGCCGGGGAUGGAAUGUACAAAAGUGGACAGAAAAGUGGCUGGACAUGACUCGGUGCAAUUUGCUGGAAGUUUGUAAGUUUGACCAUCGUUUAUAAAUUACUCUCGGGAGAGUUUGUCUCUCUUGAUACUGUAUUAGAAUAGAGCCGGGGGUGAGGAAUAGAAACGUAAGCGGGAAAGAAAAAAAUGUGGUGAAGGAUCUCUCUCAGUGGCUAGCGACUUCAGAUUGCUUUCAUUUAAAGCUAGGAAACCUUAGAGGGAAUGAGGAUUUUACCGGUGAUUGGAUUAGCUGAAGAAAAAAGCAUGGUUCAAAAGUCCGGUUACUGACAUUGUUAACAAUUGAAAAGCUGUCUCCCUCUUUUGGGAGAAGACAACAUUCUACAGUACCCCAAAGAGGAGAAAGCACCGGGAGCAAAGGGGAAGGGAAGAAAAAAGCCAAAAGACAGUUUCCCUUGGUUUUUGCACGUUUUGAACAUUAACUUCGAAAAUCUGAAACAGCACAUUUUUUUUUUUAACCUGAGAAAAAGUAAAGGCUGCGGGUUACAUAGACCAUGGUAGAAAUGUGUUUCUUUGCAGAUACAGCCUCAUAAAGAAUUUUUCUGAAACAAGUAGGUGAGGGGGAGUCCAGCUCUCUAUUAAUAUCUCCCUCAAUUCCCUUUGCUGUCUCUUUCUGUCUCUCGCUUGACAAUUCCUGAAUUCUUCAUCUAUCCCCCCAGAUCGAGUGUUUAUGAAGUACCUAGUGGCUCUUGUCAGCUUGGUGGGGGAAAAAAAUCCACCAACUCUGUCCAACUUCUCCAGAGCUGUCAAACGCAAUUAGACUCCCCCAACCUCUGAAGACCUCUAUUCAUGUGGCCCUGAACACUGAGCUCACAUUGUCAAAAACAGAUUUGCCUGCAAUAGCCAGCAGUAGCCUCCGUCCACCUCACCAUCCCAGAGGCAGCAAUCAUUGUGUCCAGUAAGAUGGGGGACACAGCGCCCCCACAGGCCCCUGCAGGGGGGCUAGGAGGGGCCCCUGGGGCGGGACUCCUUGGAGGGGGCUCAGUCACCCCGAGAGUGCACAGCGCUAUCGUGGAGCGCCUCCGGGCUCGGAUAGCUGUCUGCCGCCAACACCACCUGAGCUGUGAAGGACGCUACGAACGUGGUAGGGCCGAGAGCUCAGACCGGGAAAGAGAGAGCACCUUGCAGCUCCUGAGCCUUGUCCAGCAUGGCCAGGGGGCAAGAAAGGCUGGCAAACACACCAAGGCCACCACCACUGCUGCCACCACUACAGCCCCUCCACCGCCCCCAGCUGCCCCACCUCCAGCUUCCCAAGGAGCAGCAACAGCAGCUCCACCGCCCCCACCAGACUACCACCAUCACCACCAGCAGCACCUGCUGAACAGUAGCAAUAAUGGUGGCGGUGGUGGGAUCAACGGGGAGCAGCAGCCACCAGCUUCAACCUCGGGCGACCAGAGGAACUCAGCCCUGAUUGCGCUCCAAGGUUCCUUGAAAAGAAAACAAGUAGUCAACUUGUCUCCUGCCAACAGCAAGAGGCCUAAUGGCUUUGUCGACAACUCAUUCCUUGAUAUCAAGAGAAUCCGUGUGGGGGAGAACCUCUCCGCAGGACAAAGUGGCCUCCAAGUAAAUAACGGACAAAGUCAGAUUAUGUCAGGGACUUUGCCUAUGAGUCAAGCACCCCUGAGAAAGACUAACACUCUGUCACAUAAUACACAUUCUCCGGGCAAUGGUAUGUUUAACAUGGGCUUAAAGGAGGUGAAGAAGGAGCCAGGAGAGACUCUGUCUUGCAGUAAGCAUAUGGAAGGCCACAUGACCCAGGAGAACAUUUUUUCUAAUAGGUACGGAGAUGACCCUGGAGAGCAACUGAUGGAUCCUGAGCUGCAGGAACUGUUCAAUGAGCUGACCAAUAUAUCUGUGCCUCCCAUGAGUGACCUUGAGCUGGAGAACAUGAUCAAUGCUACCAUAAAGCAGGAUGACCCAUUUAACAUUGACUUGGGUCAGCAAAGCCAGAGGAGCACUCCCAGGCCCUCCCUGCCUAUGGAGAAGAUUGUGAUCAAAAGUGAAUACUCACCUGGCCUGACUCAGGGCCCCUCAGGCUCUCCUCAGUUGAGGCCCCCAUCAGCUGGUCCUGCAUUCUCCAUGGCCAACUCUGCCCUCUCCACUUCGUCGCCAAUCCCUUCUGUCUCUCAGAGCCAGGCUCAGCCUCAGACAGCCUCAGGAGCAAGCCGGGCCCUGCCCAGCUGGCAGGAAGUAUCCCAUGCCCAACAGCUCAAACAGAUAGCUGCCAAUCGUCAGCAACAUGCCCGGAUGCAGCAGCACCAGCAGCAGCACCAGCCUCCCAACUGGUCAGCCUUGCCAUCUUCUGCUGGACCAUCCCCAGGUCCAUUUGGGCAGGAAAAAAUCCCCAGCCCUUCUUUUGGUCAGCAGCCAUUCAGCCCACAGGGCUCCCCCAUGCCUGGGGUAGCCGGCAGCAGCAGCCAGUCAAAAGUAAUGGCUAACUACAUGUACAAGGCCAGCCCGUCGGCUCAGGGUGGGCACCUGGAUGUGCUCAUGCAGCAAAAGCCUCAGGAUCUCAGUCGAAGUUUUAUUAACAACCCACACUCAGCCAUGGAAUCCCGUCUUGGCAACACCAAGCCUCUGUUCCAUUUUAAUUCAGAUCAAGCAAACCAGCAGAUGCCUUCUGUUUUACCUGCCCAGAACAAGCCUUCUCUCCUCCACUACACCCAGCAGCAGCAGCAGCAACAGCAGCAGCAGCAGCAGCAGCAGCAGCAGCAGCAGCAGCAGCAGCAGAGUUCAAUUUCAGCCCAACAGCAGCAGCAACAGCAGCAGCAGCAACAGCAGCAACAGCAACAGCAGCAGCAGCAGCAGCAACAGCAACAGCAGCAGCAGCAACAGCAGCAACAACAGCAGCAGCAGCAGCAACAGCAGCCACAGCAGCCACCACCCCAGCCCACCCAACCUGUAUCAAGCCAGCCUUUGCUAAGGUCACCCUUGCCGCUUCAGCAAAAGAUUCUGCUUCAGAAAAUGCAGACUCAGACCAUCACAGGACUGGGGUAUCAAGUCUCGCAACAACACCGACAGGAUCAACACUCUGUGGUAGGCCAGAACACAGGCCCCAGUCCAAGUCCCAACUCCUGCUCAAAUCCAAACACUGGAAGUGGUUACAUGAACUCCCAGCAAUCACUGUUGAAUCAGCAAUUGAUGGGAAAGAAACAGACUCUACAGAGGCAGAUCAUGGAGCAGAAACAGCAACUUCUUCUCCAGCAGCAGAUGCUGGUUGAUGCGGAGAAAAUUGCUCCACAAGAUCAGAUAAACAGACAUUUGACAAGGCCACCCCCAGAUUAUAAAGACCAAAGAAGAAAUGUGGGCACUAUGCAGCCAACUGCUCAGUAUUCUGGAGGCUCAACAACAGUGAGUUUAAACUCUAACCAGGCUUUGGCAAACCCAGUUUCAACACACAGCAUUUUAACUCCAAAUUCCAGCCUCCUGUCUACUUCCCAUGGGACAAGAAUGCCAUUGUUAUCCACAUCAAUUCAGAAUAUAGGAAUGUAUGGAAAUCUACCUUGUAACCAGCCUGGGACAUACAAUGUCACUUCAGGAAUGAAUCAAUUGACCCAACAGAGAAACCCAAGCCAACUGAUAGCAAAUCAGAACAACCCUCUGAUGCCACGGCCGCCUACCUUAGGGCCAAAUAAUAAUAAUGUGGCCACUUUUGGAGCUGCAUCUGUUGGCAAUUCCCAACAAUUAAGACCAAACUUAACCCAUAGUAUAACAAGCAUGCCAGCACAGAGAACAUCAAAUGUAAUGAUCACAUCCAACACAACAGCACCAAACUGGGCCUCUCAAGAAGCAACAACCAAACAGCAGGAAGCCUUGAAGUCCACAGGAGUCCGCUUCCCAACAGGUACACCUGCAGCCUUUACUCCAAACCAGUCAUUGCAACAGGCAGUAGUAGGUAGCCAGCAAUUUUCCCAGAGGCCAGUGGCUCCUCCUAACCAGUUAACACCAGCAGUGCAAAUGAGACCCAUGAACCAAAUGAGCCAAACAUUAAAUGGACAAACCAUGGGUCCACUCAGAGGUCUGAAUCUCAGACCCAAUCAACUAAACACACAGAUCUUGCCUAAUAUGAACCAGUCGGGAACAGGGUUGAAUCAGUCGAGAACAGGCAUAAGCCAGCCACCAACCCUUACACCCAGCAAUUUUCCUUCACCCAACCCAAGUUCCAGGGCCUUUCAAGGAACUGACCAUGGCAGUGACUUAGCUUUUGACUUCCUCAGCCAACAGACCGAUAGCAUGGGCCCUGCCCUAAACAGUGAUGCUGAUUUCAUUGAUUCUUUAUUGAAGACAGAGCCUGGUAAUGAUGACUGGAUGAAAGACAUCAAUCUUGAUGAAAUCUUGGGGAACAACUCCUGAAAGAGAAAAGGGAGACAAUUCACAAACUCCAAGCACUAAAAGGCAGUAUUUUACGAGGACUCUGUAAAGGCUAAACUGUUGACUUUUAGUUGGACUACAUGAAGAUGCCAUGGCUCAAAAUAGAAAACAAAAAGUAAUUGCAGUGGUGAAUGUUUUGGUCCAAAUGCUUGUUUUACAUCUCAAACCUGAAAGUAAAACAUUGGGAUCACUUUUCCCUGUCUAAACUCCAGGACACAGUAUCCAAUUUAUCCAAACAGAACUGUGUGUUGAUCUGUAAUUAAUUCUGUAAAAUAGACUUUCCAAGUUCCUUUUCUCCCUGAAAGAAAAAGUAAUAGAACUUCCAACUUGUUUAAACCUCCUGCCAUGUGGACCUUCUAGUUCCAACCAACAAGCAACAAAUUCCUUAACUUGCUCUAAUGGAUACAAGCGUGGUUUAAUCUUUUUACACUUUUUUAAAAUUUAAUUAUCCUAAAGCUUCCAAGGUAGAUUGAAAUGUUAUAAGUUUGUUGGUGAUAACCAAACAGUAUCCUAAGUAAGGGAGAGAGAGAAAGCAUAUGGUAGAUUAUAGAAUUUCUACCCUAGGUCCAUUCCUUACUCUUCCAGUUUUCUCAUAUAUCCCAUACUUCAGAGGAAUGCUAUGUCUAGUGAUAAAACAAGAAUAUACUGCUGUGCAACUUUAUUUGGGCUUCCACAACCAAUUUCUGAGUCCGUUCCCAAGUUUUAGAUAUAGCCAAGACCUGUCCUAAUCAUACAAAAAUAUUGGUGGACACCUGUAGGCAUCAAAUUUCACUAUUGUUUUUUGAGACAUACUCCAUUGGGCAUUGCUAUAAAGGAGAUUUAUUCAGCUCAUACAAAUAACCUGGGAUGUCACUUGUUGUUAUGAUGCCUGCUGGUGAUUGCAAUUGGGCCUUUUUGUCCUUCCUACUUAUUUGGAUGAGCAGAGCCUGAUUUUGAAGAAAUGAAGUUUAGAGACCACAACUGAGAUUGGAGAUAACAAGCAAAAGGCCAGGACCAGUGGCAGGUGUGAGAACAAAUCUCUUUUAUAGGGUUUGGAGGAAAGCAUAAUUGAAAGGGAAAAUAAGCUGUCUUUCUUUGGACAUAUAUUUGGGUAAAUGGUUAAACAGAAUGUGGUCUGUAAGUAACAGUCUAUUCAGCCUUCUGUCCCUGAUGUGAUGAAUCAUUGCCCCAUGAUAGAUGGACCCUUCACCUCCAGGUUUUCUCCCUCAGGAGAAAUCAAUGAAAGAAGAGAGCUUUGUUGAGUCAUUUAACCUCAAUGCCCACAUACAGAUCAGCUGUAAAAUGGGUAACACAUGUCCUGAUUUGAGAUAGAUGCAAAAUAUCACCAUCAUUUUCCUAAGUAUAGAGCGCAAGGUUAUCUUCAGCCUUUUGAAUCAUAUGCUCACAUAGUCAAACGUCAAAUGUAAUUUAAAUGAAGCCAUUUAAUAAAAAAGUUUUUAAAUAUCUGUUCAAAUAAGAACACAUUUUGAAAGUUCUGCAAGCCCUCUUCCAAUCUUUAAAAUGUCUGGAAGUACUCUCCUUCUUUUACACAAUACCAACAUCACUGGCUCGGAAAAUUUUCUGUGCUAGGUUGUAAAUAUAAAUAAAUUACUUGUUUUGUAAACUUUUGUAAAGAAUAUUUUGGUAGAAAUACUUAAAACAUAUUCUUUGGGUUAUAUUUAUACAUAUGUGAAAUAAAUAUACUAUCAAAAGGUUAUAUUUUAUACAAAAAGUAAAUUGUUACCUUUUGUAUGCUAAUAUACAAAGUUUUGUAUAAUAUGAUGGUUUAUUUUUAGCUCUACACUUAAACCACAGGUGGCCAAGUGGGAACUUUUGAAAACUAUCAAGAGGCUUAUUAGACAAAUUUAUAUUCUGAAACCUCAAUAAGAAAGCAUUCCAGGUUUCAACCCUUUCUUUUCUUUUUUGCUCUCAAAUUCUUUUUUAAACCCAUAUAGUUCUUGUGUCUUGUUUGAUUAUUCUGCUGUGCACAUUGUAUUGGUCCUUGUUGCAUGUGGUCUACUGUGUGUUUUUCCAUUUUAUAAAACAGUGUUUCUCCAUGCAAAAAGAAAGAAAAAGUGAUGUAUAUAUGAGCACCUUUAUUUUAUGGCUCCUCCAUGUUACUGUAUAUAUCUGCCAGCACUUCCCAGUUACACUCUUGUGAUUCAGCUUAUUUUUUAUCCUAACAUAAAUAGUAUGUUUUGUAGUAGCUAUCAAAUUUAAGAGAGAUAAAGCAAUCAGAAUGUUUGGAAUUUCUUCUAUCUUAAUGUGAAUUUCGUAAUUAAUGUCUAUUUAUUCAGCUAUUCAUUAAAAUACAGGAUUCUUUGGAAAAAUGGUGUAGUCUAUAGUUUCUGUUUGUUGGCAGCCUAUUACCAAAAUGAUGUAAUUUUCCUGAAAGCUGAGAUAAUGACAAUUUGAUAGACAUAUUUAGCCAAAGCCUUAGGAUUUACAAGUUAAGAGCUAUUGGAAUACAAUCUCCCACUUAUAGAGAUACCAGACUACUUAAUUGUUGGCAUUGUUUAUCAUCCUGACAUAUUAUACAGGAGACAUAAGUAAUUUUUCUUUUUCUUUUUAAAAUUCAAAGACUAGAAAGCAAUUAAAGCAAAUAAUUCAUCCUUGGCUUCAUUUUAAGCCCAGUGAAGAUAAAUAACUGCUCUAAGUGAAUGCACUAAUAUUACUUGCAUUACUGUAACUGUACCCAUGACUAUAAAGAUUUCAACUUGUAAAACAAGUAUUUUGUAUUGUGUGUAAUUCCAUGUGUUAAAAAAAUAGUUAAAAAAAAAAAAACUCAGGAGUGGUUCUCUUAUAUGAAAUCACACCUUCAGUUACCAAUAAUAUUGUUGCUACAUCACAGAAAGUUCUGAGAACUACUAAUAUUAAUGGAUACUUUAUAGCAAACUUAUUCUCUGGGAACCUUCUAAUAUCAGUGAAAUGCUGACUUUUUUCAUUUUAGUGUUCUUCAGUUCACUUAAAAAGUUUGUAUUAAGAUCCUAUAUGCACAGCACCUACUAAACACUGGGGAAACACUGCCUAAUUAUGAGGCACUGUGGGCAUUUUGCGUAGCUGAGACCAGGCUGAGUGAAUGCAGGGCCACAUAAACACAGCCUGACUGAACAUAGUUACACAGUUCUUCUUGGAAUCAAGGAGGUUGAGAGAAAGACGGGCCUUUGUUGGAAGCAAGGGGAACCAUUCUAACCAAAUUCUCCAACUCCAAUGUCUAAAUAUGUUGCUAGUAUUCCACUGUUCCCUUCUCCUCUGCCAAAAAAAGUGUGACAUUAUCUUUUUUAUUAAUGUUAUUAGUAGAGCAAUAAUCAAAUUGACAUUUUAUAUAGUCCUUGUCCAAUGAGUCUGGAGGGUUGGAUAAUAAACAAAUGAAACUAACAUCAAUAAAGAAUAAAUAAAAUACAUAAAAAUUAGGAAAGAGACGUGUAAUUCUCAAGUAGUCUAUGAAUCCCAGUAUGUACACAUGAAAGCAGAUCUGAGAGAGUACAAGUGAAUGCAAAAGAGAGAAAACAGCUCAGCCUUUUCCUGCUCUUUGGUUGCCAAAGGUAGUUCAAGUUCUUAAAUUUUUUACCCACUAUUUCCAUUUUUUGUCUCUGUACCUGUGUUUCCACAUCCGAAAAUGAGAGUUUAGGGCUUAAUUAUUUCUACAUUCUUUUGCAGCUCUGCAACUCUUUUUUUCCCAAAAUUAAGUGGCAGAUUUACUAAGAGCAUCAUUUUUAAAAUAAAAAAAUCACAGGUCGCUCACACUUUUGAAAGUUUCCAGAUUGUCAGUUAAUUUUAUUUAACAAAGCAGCCAUCUCUUUUAAAAUUAAUUCACAAGAAAACAAGAUUUCAUCAUAAAGACCGCAGACAAAUAGAAAGACAAUGUAAAGGUAGGAGCCUGCUGACUAAAUACAAAUCAAGCCCUGACAAUGAAAAGCUGGAAUGUGAUAUUAAAUUGUCAUUUUCCUGUGAAAUCAUAGAAUUUCAUUAAGAAAUAUAUUUCUACUAGGGAGAAAAGAAACAAUACUUUGAGUAGUGCACAAAGUUGGGUAUAUUUUAAUAAACUUUUGUAAGUUGUAAAUAUACUUCCCAAGUUCCUAUAAUAGACAAGGUACAAUACCCUGGUAUCAACUUCAGUGACAACAAUUGCAUUACUAAAGCACUAUAUCUUUAAAAUUGAAUGCUAUUGUGCCCUGACCUGUAUGCAGCAAUAUUAUAAGAAGGUUCUUGUUUUUUUUUUUUUUAAAUAAACAGCAUUUCAAGGUUUCUUUUUUAUAAAUUUAAGUCAUCUUUACUUCCAAGAUUUGCAUAAAUACAUUUAGUGGUAGAAUUCUCGCCUUUCAUGUGGGAGGCAAGGGUUCAAUUCUCGGCCAAUAUACUUCAUCGCAGCCACCACCCAUCUGUCAGUGGAGGCUUGCAUGUUGCUAUGAUGCUGAACAGGUUUUGAGUAGCACUUCCAGACUAAAACUAGAAAGGAAGGGCUGGCAAUCUAUAUCCAGAAAUGAGCCAAUGAAAACCCUAUGAUUACAAUGGUCUAAUCUGCACCUGAUUGUGGGGAUGGCACAGGAGCAGGCAUUAUUUUGUUCCAUUCUGCAUGGGGUCACUAUGAGUCAGGGGAUGGUUCAACAACGGCUAACAACAACAUAGAUGCUUCUUAGAGUUCUUUCAGCAAAAAGGAGGGAGGGAAGUUAGGGGAAAAAAAAGAAUGAUAUAGAGAAGGAUCUGCGUAAAUAUGUAGAAGCCUCUUAUAGGGUUCUAUUAGCAAAAGGGAGGGAAGUAGGAAGAGAAAGAAGGAAAGAAAGAAAACACAUCUCAAAUAUGCUUAAAGAAAGGAAUUAACUGAUUAACAUAACUAAAAAUCCUAGGACAUAGUUCUGUGUUUAGGCAUGCAGAAUCCAGCAGCUCAACAAUAUCAUAAGUUUUCUGUUUAUCACCUUUGCUUCGUUAUGUCUUGCCUUCAUCCUCAGACAUCCCCUCUCUCCUGGUGGUAAGAGGGUGGCUCAAAGCUCCAAACUUAAAUCCACACAACUCCAAGUGCAACAUAAACAAUAGUGAAUGCCUGUCUUUAAAAGAUCUAACUUUGCUUCUCAUAGACUUUGAUUAGGGCAUGUGCCCAUCUCUGAACCAUCACUUUCACAGGAAGAUGCAGUCUUCUGAUUGGCCAUGCCUAAGUCAAAUGUCUAUAUUUGGAGGCAGAGGUAGUGUUAAUACCACCCAAACCACAUGGAAUGAGACAAACAGGAUCCAGCUGUAGGAUCCAGAACGAGCAAAACCCCACAAGUCUUGCCAGAAUAUCCUCUUAUAUUCAAUGCAGCCCACAAGCUCAAGGAAACUCCCUUUCAACUGGUGGGCUACUCACAGCAGAUCCCAUCAUGGAGGUGAUCACGUUAUAUCAAAUCUCAUCAUGGAAGCGAUCACAACAUUAUACAACUGCCAAAUCACUGAGAAUCAUGGCCCAGCCUAGUUGAUACACAACCUUAACCAUCACGAGUAUGAUUCCAUCUCAAUCCUCACCUUAAUUACAUCUGCAAAGUCCCUAUUUCCAGUAAGGUCACAUUCUUAGGUGGACAUGAAUUUUGGGAGGAUAUGAUUCAACCCACUACAACCUUCCUUGUAUACCUUUAGAUUGCUGGAUUCUCAGCCAAUUUGGAUUGCUGACUAGAUUAAAAAAGCAUAUUUCUUAGCAAAUCUUGAUUUUCUUCCUUCUCUGAUUUCAGAUACACUAAUUUUAAUAUAAAUUUUUCUCUUUAUUAUAGAACGAUAUCAGUUAGGAAACUGUUCAGUUGCAAGAAUUUGCAAAACCAACUAAUGGUGGCUUAAACAGAGAACAAAAAAACCAAACUAGUUGCUCUCAAGUCAAUUCCGACUCAUGGCAACCCCAUGUGUUGCAGUAAAACUGCACUCCAUAGAGCUUGCAAGGCUGUGGCUUUUGGGAGCAAUUCACCAGGCUUUUCUUCCAAGAUGCCUCUAGGUACAGUCGAACUGCCAACCUUCCAGUUAAUAGUCGAGUGCUUAACCAUUUGCACCACCCAGAAACUCCAAAUCCCCACCUGCUUUUAUCAUAGAUACCUUUCAAGGCUACCCAUUUUUACAGUAGUAGAUUUGUGUAGUGCACAAUACAAAGAAUACUAAUGCAUUGUGAUAGUCAAUAUUUAUUUACUUUAACAUGAAAAGAGCAACAAAUCACAUGGACUGUGAUGCCUCAGGGAUUUACUGAAAGUCCCACAUAUUUCUCCCAAAUGUUACAUUCUGAUUUAAUGCCUUUAAAGUUUUACCAAGAUUUUCUUGUGCUGCAGUAUGUAGAUGACUUGCUGGUGUGCUCCAACUCUCGGGAGGCUUGUGUUCAAGAUAGCAUUUUAUUAUUACACUAUCUAGCCACUAGACAGCACAAAGCCUCAAAGGAAAACAUACAGUUUGCUUUACCUUCAGUAAAAUAUCUGAGUCAUGUAAUUUCAGCUGAAGGAAUAUCAAUAGGCUCUAAAAGAAAAGAAGCUAUUCUAACUCUCUCACCCACAACUACAAAAAAACAGCUUAGAAGAUUUUUGGGUCUCUGUGGUUAUUGUUGGAAAUCCUGGUGGCAUAGUGGUUAAGUGCUA